UAUACAUGAUUGAAAACGUUAUGGACCCAUCGAGUAUACAGUGCAGACCCUCGCGUUGAGGUGGAGUCCUGCAAAGCUAUCAGACUAACCGCCCAGUCCGCCAUGUUCUAAAUAAAUAUGGAGCUUCUAACUUUUUCUGGCCUAGCUUUCACCGGCAUAAGAUGUUUGUAUAAGCAUCAUAGUUUGUUGAAGAAAUAUAUGCCAAAACGUAAUUUGUUUUCCAUUUCGUGUUCAUAUGGUGACGUUGUAGACCUGUUUGUUCCCUCCAGCGCACAAGUUUUUGAUGGUAAAAUUAUUUACUGCGUUGCUCCUGCCAUGGGUCAUAACAAGGAUUCGCAUCCAGAAUGCCAUCUUAGAGUUCCUUCCAUUGUGGGUGCUCUUGACAACAUGAAGCUCACUCCAAAGUUUCGUGGCUCUGAGAUUUUUGAACUCCAGAACUUCAGACCUGCAACCGUAGAUGAUAUUGCAAGCGUUCAUGCUAAAGCUUAUGUUGUUGGCCUUGAGAAGGCCAUGGAUCAGGCCUCAGAACAGGGUCUCAUUUUCAUUGAGGGCUCUGGGCCAACUUAUGCUACUCCGACGACAUUUCAGGAUUCGCUAGUUGCAGCUGGUGCUGGCAUUUCAUUGGUUGAUUCAGUGGUAGCUGCAUCAAAAAUCGGGAAGGAUCCUCCCACUGGCUUUGCUCUUAUACGACCUCCUGGACAUCAUGCUGUUCCGAAAGGGCCCUUGGGUUUUUGUGUUUUCGGAAAUAUUGCUGUUGCAGCUCGCUAUGCUCAGAGGUUUCAUGGAUUAAAGCGAGUAUUCAUCAUAGAUUUCGAUGUUCACCAUGGCAAUGGAACCAAUGAUGCCUUUUAUGAUGACCCAGAUGUAUUCUUUCUUUCAACUCACCAAGAUGGGAGCUAUCCUGGAACUGGUAAAAUUGAUCAAAUAGGUAAUUUGAACGGGGAAGGAGCAACACUCAAUCUACCUUUACCGGGAGGAUCAGGUGAUAUAGCCAUGCGCACUGUGUUCGACGAAGUUAUAGUUCCAUGUGCGCAAAGAUUCAAGCCAGAUAUUAUACUUGUUUCAGCAGGCAAUACACAAGCUUGCUUGCUACCAGAAAUCUGUAGCUGUCUUCACUUGUAAAAGGAAUCACAUUCUGUAAUACAUCAUUUCUCAGAUAUGACGGGCAUGUGUUGGAUCCGUUGGCCAGUUUGCAAUUUACAACAGCUACAUACUACACGCUGGCUUCAAAUAUCAAGCAACUAGCGAAGGAUCUUUGUGGAGGCCGCUGUAUAUUCUUCUUGGAAGGAGGGUACAACCUUGAUUCUCUCUCGAAUUCUGUAGCAGACACAUUCCGCGCGUUUCUUGAUGAACCAAGCCUGGCAUCAGAAGUUGAUAACCCUGACAUCUUGUAUGAAGAACCAUCAAGCAAGGUAAAACAAGCAAUUCAGAGGGUUAAGCACAUACAUUCCCUGUAAUAUAAAAACCAGUCUGUAAAAAAAGUCCAUAGUAGUAUAUAUUCGAACAACAAAUCCUAUGUACUCAUUUAGCAGUUGCGAAAUACUCCCAGGAAGUAUAAUCUGCCUUGAAUAAGC